AGGUGAUGACUAACUCAUCAGGUAUAAUCAAUUUGAAUUAUAUUGAGCCGUACAUUUCCUAUUCGUGUUGGUGGACUAUAGUUGCGCCCCCUGAACAAGUUGUAACUUUGCAACUGGCUUGGAGUUGGUGGGGUUCAGAAAACUGGUACUUGUACAACGGACCCAAUUCUUCCUCAGAAGUCAUUUCGCCAUUUAAUAACGGAUAUUGGGGAGAACUAAUUGCACGUAGCACCGGCAACGUGAUGUACAUUAUGCGAUUUACUAAUUAUCAAUAUUCGUAUCAUUUUGAUUACUAUACACACGAAUGUCCACCCUCCCACUAUGGCAUGACCAACUGCAACAACCCCUGCACAUGCGAGGAAGCCAACACGGAGCACUGCAACAUGUUCAAUGGGAACUGUCAGUGCAAGCCCAACUGGUUCGGGUCAGACUGCUCGGUCGACCCGAACGAAUGUGAGAACCCUCUCAUCUGUACUGACAUCUACUCCUACUGUAACAACACAAGGGCUGGCUACGACUGUCUGUGUAAACCUGGGCUAGCUAUGAACACCAGUACUGGAGAGUGCUAUGAGUGUGGGAAGGUAUUUACUGAGCCUACAGGAAAUAUUGAAACUCGAGCAUAUGCAUACAUCUAUCUGAAUACCUACACUUCUGUUUGCUCCUGGACUAUUGUAGCUCCACCUGGACAAGUUGUGUCAGUUUAG